CUGCAGUAAAUAACAGCUCCGACACCGAGAGCAUUCCCUCGCCAAGGCCCGAAGCCAAAGAAGGAGGCGAAAACGGGGCCAAGGCACCACCCGGGCCGGGAGGUGACUCCGGCGCAGAACCGGCAGUCAAGUUGGAAGAGGCUCCGACACCUCCCGACGCUCCCCCGGCUCCCCCCGCCAACCCCGCUCCUGCCACCAGCCCUCCGCCGGAGGCAGCUCCCGAGCCGCCCAGCAGCGAGGAGAAGGUGCAGGAGGACCUGGUGGUGGACGUGGUGAAAACGGAGGAGCCAGAGGAGAAGGUGAGCGAAGAGCCCUGCAAGAACGAGGUGAAGAAGGAGGAGAGCGAAGACAGCCAGGAGAAGGACAAGGGGAAUGACAAGAAAGCAGAAAGCGGCGUCAACGGCGGAGGGACAGCAGGGACGGAGGGGACGCCCAAGGCUGAGAAGAAGGAGAGCCAUAAAGGCAGUAAAGGCCCCGGGGUGAACCCUGACAGCGACUCCAGCGCAACCUGCAGCGCGGACGAGAUGGACGAGCAGGAUGCUGUGGACAAGAGCAGGUUGCUGUCCCCCCGGCCCAGCCUGCUCAACACCGCCAGCGAUGCCAGGCUGAACUCCUCGCCGCAGAAGCCGCUGGACCUGAAGCAGCUGAAGCAGCGUGCUGCUGCCAUCCCUCCCAUCAUUUCCGAAGGUUUCACGGAGGGGAUAUUGCAGAGUGGAAGUGUGAAGCCUCAGGUGCCUCCCCAUGCCUUGGCCCUCUACCAGCAGCAGAUCACGAAAGCCCAUGAGUCUGCCCGCGAGGACAUGCCCCCAGGCAAGCUAUCGCAGUCCCAGCAGCAGGCGGAGAAGGAGCAGCAGCAGCCAAGCAGCAGUCCCAGGGGAAAGAGCAGGAGCCCCGCUGUUGGUGACAAGGAAGAAAAGUCCGUGCAUUUCUCAUCCAUCGCAGAGGCUCAGAAGCUGAGCGCGGAGCCGACGGCCGCCUCGUGCUGGCCCCCUGUCCUGUCCUACUCCCGGGAUGUGAUAAAAACCUCUCCCCAGGCGGAGCCCCACUUGUUUCAGUAUAACCCACCAGGACACCCCAUCCCGCUAAACCUGCAUGAGAGCUCUCGCUCGGGGCUGCAGAGACUAGCGAGCAUCUCCAACCCUCCUCCCCUCAUCUCCUCCACCAAGCACCCCUCCAUGCUGGAGAGACCCGUCGGAUCCAUUUCCCAGGGCAUGCCCAUCCAGCUCCACACACCCUACAGCUCCGAGCACGCCAAGGUCCCCGUCGGCUCCAUCACCAUGGGCCUGCCGCUGACCAUGGAUCCCAAGAAACUGGUGCCUUUUCCUGGAGUAAAGCAGGAACAACUUUCUCCUAGAAGCCAGGCCAGCCAGCCGGAAAGUCUGGUUCUGCAGCCAUCCCAGGAGGGCUCCAUCCUGCGGGGUACUUCCCUCAGCUCUGCCUCGGGAGGGAGCAUCACCAAGGGAACACCCACAUCCAGACCCCCUCCGGAGUCACCCAUCACCUACCGAGGAUCCAUCACACAUGGCACCCCGGCAGAAGUGCUGUACAAAGGAACCAUUACCAGGAUAAUCGGAGAAGACAGCCCCAGCAGAGCAGAGAAGGCGAGAGAGGAUGCCAUGCCCAAAGGACAUGUCAUCUACGAAGGGAAGAAAGGCCACGUGCUGUCCUACGAGGUUGCUGCUUCUCAGUGUCCCAAAGAAGACAGCAGGAGCUCAGGAGCUUCGCAUGAGACCACGGGAACCAAGCGGACCUACGAUAUGAUGGAGGGGAGGAUCAGCCGGGGCUUAUCAGCCCGUGAUACCCUAUCUGCCAGCAUUGAAGGUCUCAUGGGUCGAGCAAUCCCUCCAGACCGACACAGUCCCCAUAACCUAAAGGAGCAGCAUCACAUGCGGGGCUCAAUUACACAAGGAAUACCUCGGUCCUACGUGGAGGCCCAUGAGGACUACCUCAGAAGAGAAGCCAAACAGCUCAAGAGGGAAAACACUCCACCGAGGGACUUAUCUGAUGCCUACAAGGUCAGGUCUCACGAGGGCCUUACUCCUCUGAAAAUGAAACCAGCCCAUGAAGGCCUGGUGGCCACGGUGAAAGAAGCGGGAAGGUCAAUCCAUGAGAUUCCCCGGGAGGAGCUGAGGCGGACACCGGACAUCUCUCUGACGAGACCUCUGAAGGAAGGCUCCAUCACGCAGGGUACCCCGCUGAAGUACGACAGUGGCUCUUCCUCCUCAAGUACCAAAAAACAUGACGUGCGGUCCAUCAUCGGCAGUCCCGGCAGGACUUUUCACUCUGUGCACUCACUGGACGUCAUCCAAGACCCAAGGAAUCUGGAGAGAGCUUACGAAGAGAGCCUGAAAAACAGGCCAAGCCCGGUGACAAACUCGGGUGGGUCUCCGGUUUCCACACGGGAGUCCCCGCCGCGGCAGCACGAAGGGAGCAUCACUGCCGGGAAGCCGGUGUCCCAGGACAGAAAGAUCACCCCCACAUCGAGAGAGCUCACCAACUCCAAGUCUCCGCAUGCCCCCGUGGCCGACCACCACCACCCCAUCUCCCCGUACGAGCACCUGCUCCGUGGCGUGAGCGGGGUCGACCUGUACCGAGGACACAUCCCGCUGGCUUUCGACCCUGCCGCCAUCCCGAGGGGAAUCCAACUGGAAGCAGCUGCUGCUUACUACCUGCCGAGGCAUCUGGCUCCAAGCCCCACGUACCCCCACCUCUACCCCCCGUACCUCAUCCGGGGCUACCCGGACACAGCCGCCAUGGAGAACCGACAGACCAUCAUCAACGACUACAUCACGUCCCAGCAGAUGCACCACAACGCCGCAGCCACGGCCAUGGCACAGCGGGCGGACAUGCUGCGCGGCUUGUCACCCCGGGAGCCCUCGCUCACCCUCAACUAUGCAGCAGGUCCUCCUGGCAUCAUCGACCUGUCCCAAGUGCCACACCUGCCCGUCCUCGUGCCUCCCACCCCCGGCACCUCCGCCACCACCAUGGACCGCAUCACCUACAUCCCCGGCCCCCCCCAGACCUUCGGCAGCCGGCACAGCAGCUCCCCGCUCUCCCCAGGAGGCCCCACGCACAUGACCAAACAGUCGGGAUCGUCGGUGUCCGAGCGGGAACGGGAGCGGGAACGGGAGAGGGAGCGUGAAAAAUCCAUCCUAGCGUCCACCACGGUGGAGCAUGCACCCAUCUGGAGACCAGGUACAGAGCAGUCCAGCAGCCGUUCGUCCUCACACUCUCACAGCCACCAGCACUCUCCUGUCUCUCCCCGCACCCACGAGACCAUCCAGCAGCGCCCCAGCGUGCUCCACAACACAAGCAUGAAGAUCAUCUCCUCGGAGACCCCCACCCCUUCCGUCCUGCGAUCCUCCUCCACCACUACCACGUCACCGAUCCGCUCCGCCGCCUUCCCCUCAGCCUCCACCCUGCGCUCCUCCAUCAGCGCGGCAGACGGCUACGCGGCCCUGAUGGACCCGGCCGUCCUGCAGAAAGAGGCCUCGAGGGCACGGGAAGCCAAGGCAGAACGACCCCAGACUGACAACAACGUCUUCACCUCAAAGCUGCCCAGUGGGGCCAACCUCGAACAGUCACCUUCACCCAUUAAAGCCAUGGAGUCGAGACCUUUACCCGCCUCCGGACCUGGUUCUUCUCAUCACUAUAGCAGAGGACAGGGGAAAAGCCAGCAGCACCAUCACCCUCUGGACCAGCAGCACGCAGCCUCGGGCCCCGAGCAGCACAGUAGAGAAAAGAGUCAAAGUAAACCCUUUUCAAUGCAGGAACAGGAGCUCCGAGCACUCGGUAAGACCACCACGACAGCAGCCAACUUCAUAGAUGUGAUUAUCAUGCGCCAAAUGUCGUGCGAUAAGGGGCAGCGAGAAAGAGGCUCACUAAGUAAUGACUCCGCUAGCGAUGGCUUUCAUGGAGGCUACAGCCCUGAGCGGAUGGAAGCAGUGAGUCCCGUGAGCUCGCCCAGCCUGUCCCAUGAGAAAGGGGCCAAGCUGCUACAGGAUGCGGAGAAGGGGCACGGGGAGCAUGACCUGAGGCAGAAACAGCAAGGCUCGCUGAAGGCCUCGGCUCCCGAAGCAGCCCACCUGCAGCACCUCCGGCAGCCCGACGGCCCCCAACCCCAGUGCCAGCCCCUGCAGUCCAGCCAGAGCAUCAAGGGCAUGAACCAACGGGUGGUCACGCUGGCCCAGCACAUCAGCGAGGUCAUCACGCAGGACUACACACGCCAUCACCCACAGCAGCUCAACUCCCACAUCCAGACCCCGGUGUACUCCUUCCCUGGGACCGCGUGCCCUGUGCUGGACCUGCGCCGCACCCCCAGCGAGGCGUAUCUGCAGCAGCAGGAGCAUGCGGCGGCCUCCAGGAUCUCCCCGCAGAAUGAAGGCGGCAAAAGGUCCCCAGAGCAGAGCAAAGCCUCGGCCGGGAGCGGGUCGGACAACUGUAUCGAGCCGGUCUCUCCACCAGACGGCGUGGGAGAAUCGGAGCACGCCAAGAGCGCCACGUACCCGAUCCUGUACCGUGAGGGCGAGCAGAUAGACCAGAGGAUGGGCUCCAAGUCCCCAGGAAACAACACUCAGCCUCCAGCUUUCUUCAGCAAGCUGACUGAGAGCAACUCUGCCAUGGUGAAGUCCAAGAAACAGGAGAUCAUCAAGAAGCUCAGCACGACCAACAAAAAUGAAACGGAGUACAAUGUUGGGCAGCCUGGAACAGAGAUUUUCAAUAUGCCGGCGAUUACCGGAGCAGGGCUAAUCAGUUGUAGGAGCCAGUCGGUCCAAGAGAAUUCCAGUACCAACAUGGGGUUGGAGGCAAUAAUUAGGAAAGCCCUAAUGGGUAAAUAUGACGAGCAGUGGGAAGAGCGCUCACCUCUCAGUGCCAAUGCUUUUAACUCUCUGAAUGCCAGUGCAAGCCUGCCCGCUGCUAUGCCCAUAACUCCUGCUGAUGGACGAAACGAGGACGUGCGCUCCUUGCCAG